AAGCUACUCCCUUUCUUGCCAUCGCCUUUGUCUUUGCCUUCUCAUUUUCCCCAAAAGCUUCCAAGCACCACCACACUAGUUCAAUCACAAUUUCUCUUCUGAUCAUACUACUUAUACACACAUGUGUAGAAUUAAUGUGUGAUAUAGCCAUUUGUCUUCAUUUCUCUAAACUCCCAUGGCUCUCGUGAGCAAACUUCCUUCAUCUUCAUCGUCAUCUUCACUAACCCAAUUCAGAAAGCCCCUAAAUCCCUCUCUGAAACCCGCCAAUUCCAUACAUUUUACAAGAACGUCAUGUUCCGCAUCGCCUUUCACUGAAAAACAUUCAGUUGAGAGAUACCAAAGAGACAAAUGGGUGUUCAAGAAUCAAUUAGAUCAAAACCCACCUGAAAAUCAUUCCAAUUUCUCAACUAGGGAUUAUGAAAUUGCUCUUCAGCUCCCAGAACUGAAGAAAUUGCUUCAUUUUUUGAGAGAGAAGAGAGAGAAAGGUGGCGAUGGUGGGAGUGGAAAAGGGGGACCUGGGAAUGUGUUCUUGGUGGGUACAGGUCCUGGUGAUCCAGAGCUGUUGACAUUGAAGGCGUUGAAGGUGAUUCAGAGUGCCGAUUUGUUGUUGUACGAUAGAUUGGUGUCAAAUGACGUGCUGGAUUUGGUGCGCCCCGAUGCUAGACUUCUUUAUGUUGGCAAGACUGCUGGGUACCAUAGCAGAACCCAGGAGGAAAUCCACGAGUUGCUUCUGAGCUUUGCUGAAGUUGGGGCAAAUGUUGUGAGGCUUAAAGGCGGAGAUCCAUUGGUCUUUGGAAGAGGUGGAGAGGAAAUGGAUUUUCUCCAACAACAAGGCAUUCAAGUAAAAGUUAUUCCAGGUAUAACUGCUGCCUCUGGAAUCGCAGCAGAGUUGGGUGUUCCAUUGACACACAGAGGAGUAGCAAACAGUGUCCGGUUUUUAACUGGACACUCAAGAAAAGGAGGAGCAGAUCCUCUUUUUGUAGCAGAAAAUGCAGCUGACCCUGAUUCGACUUUGGUUGUUUACAUGGGCCUCUCUACUCUCCCUUCACUCAUCUUAAAAUUAAUCCACCAUGGUUUACCACCCGACACACCAGCAGCUGCAGUAGAGCGUGGUACCACACCACAACAACGCAUUCUAUUGGCAGAGCUAAAGGAUCUUGGUGAUAAAAUUGCAUCAGAACAACUUGUGUCACCAACUCUGAUCUUUAUUGGAAGAGUUGUUGCUCUUUCACCUUUAUGGCCACAAUCACAAGCUUCUUCUUCUUCUUCUAAAAAGGAUUCACAUCUAAUGGGCCAUGUCUGAAUCUUCUGCAUUGCUUUGCUUUGCUUCCUUCAUCAAGAAAAUGGUGGAUGUGGGCUCAUGAGAUCAGUGACUGGUGAGUUGAGUUCCUUGAUGGGAAGUAGCAAAAACAAGAGAUUGUGAGAGGGUGGUGGCUUACUGAUUAUUCAAUCAAGCUGUUUAAUGAGGAAAAAAAAUUAAUGUGAACAAAGGCUGUAGAGCGAGAAAUGUAAAAUUUUGAGUUAGAAUUGUUUCUUUUGGGUUAAUGGUACUUUGAGGCACCUGCCAGAAGUUCAGAUAACCGAGAAAACCAAUGUACUUUGAGCAAUUUCCCAUAAAUGGUUAUGAACUUUGAAUAGGCAAC